AUGAUGAGGACACUGAGUGUGGUGCUCAUAAUCGGCUUCCUAGCCAAAGGAUGUCACUCCCAGCUGGAUGUGUGCGGUGUGGCUCCUCUAAAUAACGUAACAGUGGGAGGACUGAAUGCUGCUCCAGGUUCUUGGCCUUGGCAAGUUAGUCUGCAAGUUAGGGGUGCUCAUGUCUGCAGUGGUUCUCUCAUCAACUCUAACUGGGUUCUAACAGCAGCCGUCUGCUCUUCAAGCUAUCUUACUUCACAAAUUACAGUUUACCUGGGUUUGCAGUCACUGUCCACGAGUAACGUGAAUUCAGUAUCGAGAUCUGUUACUCAACAAAUCGUAUAUCCCGAGAUCAGGUAUUACAAUGACAUCGCUCUGCUGAAGCUCAACUCUAGUGUGAUUUUCACGGACUAUAUUAAACCUGUCUGUCUGGCUACAGCCGGGAGCACAUUCUUCAAUGGUACUCAGGCUUGGGUCACUGGCUGGAAUGCAAACACCAAUGCAGGCACCCUAAUGCAAUCUAACAUAUCAGUUGUUGGAAACAGGGAGUGUAACUGCAUAUUUUCCUCUCUAUCAGUUAACAUCAAAGACACCAUGAUGUGUUCUACAUCUUUGCAGAGCCAGAGCUGUUCGAUGGAUAUUGGUGGUCCCCUGGUCAUCAAACAGGAAGGUCUUUGGAUCCAGGCAGGCAUUUUGAUCUAUCAUGAUGACUGUGAAAAUUUAUCUAUGCUAUACACUAGAGUGUCUUUGUACCAGAACUGGAUCAACCAGCAGAUCAUCAGCAACCAGCCAGGUUUUGUCCCAUUCAUUUCUACUGGCACUGAUGGAGACCUGAGUGUGUCCUGUCCUGGCCUGUCUCCUGUUGCCACUUCUUAUCCAAAACACAACUGUGCCCACAACUGCUACUAUCACUACAACCACGCUUGA